AUGCCAGAGAAGAUGAAUGGUAACAAGUUAUCAGAGAGCCUUGGACCGGCUUUCUCAGAACCUCUACCCACACUCUACGACUUGCUCGCCCAAGGCCCCAAGUCACCCCAUGAUCUAGCACUGGCGUGUUUGCACCAGCCCGCAGAUCUCCUUUCUGCAUAUACUGGCGACGACGACUCCUCCUCCCACAACAACGGACGCUCCAAGAAGAGCCCGUACUUGCGAUGGACUUUUGCACAGCUGGAGCAUGUCAGUCAUGCUUGUGCGCAAGCAUUUGUGGCUAUGGGUUUACGACCCGGAAGCAAGAUUGUGGCAUAUAUUUCGAAUUGUGCGGAAUUUCAUGUCUUGUUUAGGGCUGCACUGGAGUUGAAUUGCACUUUUUGUCCGAUUAGCCCCAAGUCCGCUACCAAUGCUGCAGAGGUUAGGAAUGUGUUUGAUAUUGUCACCCCUGAUCUCAUCGUGGCACAAGAUGCUUCCAUAGCUCAAAAGCUGGAUUCUUGUAUGAAUGAAGGACAAGACAAUACUCCUCGACUGAUCCUCGAGAUGCCUAGUGACGGGUCAUCAUCAUCAUCACCAUCAUCAUGGCAGUCUCUGGACACGAUGAUGCAAAAUUCUGGCAACUCUGCCGCACUCCACGACCUAUCAAUCAACAGAACCUCAGACGAUGUAAUUCUCGUUCUCAUGACCAGUGGCACCACAUCCUUACCCAAAGGCUGUCCACACACAAACCGCAGCACCACUUCAUGUAUCCGAGCGUACAACGCCGGAGGAUGCUACAAUCGCACACGCUCGCUCUGCUCUCACCUACCCAUAUCACAUAUCUUUGCCAUCAAUUCUUCCUUCAGUUUCCACAUGGACGGAUUACCUGUCGUGCACGCCAGCCACUUCUUCGAACCGAGAACAACUCUCCAAGCGAUUCGCGAAGAGCGCACGGCGGAUUUCGCUGGUGUGCCAGCUGUCGCGAGUGGUUUAAUCGAUCAUCCCGAUUUUGCGAAAACUGAUACUUCUUGUAUGCGGUUUAUCGUUCUGGGGGCGACAACCGUCACGCCCGCCACCGUUACAAGAAUUAUGGAAAAUUUCGGAAAUGCGACAAAAGUAGCCAAUGGAUAUGGUAUGACUGAAGGCGCUCCCUCGGUUAUGACCCGGUACGAUGAGAUUCCAGAUGGACCGCCCGAGAGAGUUUCUUCGGGACAUGUUCUCCCUGGAUGCAAGCAUCGCGUCGUGGACCUGGAGACGGGUCGAGUGGUUCCCAGGGGUACCGCAGGGGAACUUUAUAUGGGUGGUAGUUUGGUGAUUCGAGAGUAUUGGACGGGGAGUUCGAACAAAGAUACGAGUGAUUCGUUUGCUGAGGAUGAACAGGGUAAGUGGGUGAAGACGGGAGACCAGGCUAUUAUGGACGAAGAUGGUUCCAUUGAGAUUGUGGGCAGAUAUAAACAUUUGAUCAUCCGAGGCGGAGAGAACAUUUCACCAAAAGCGAUCGAAGGGUUGAUCCUGUCCAAAUUCGAUCUGGAAACCGAUGUGGUCGGUAUACCAGAUGAAGUGGCAGGUGAAGUACCAGUUGCAGUGGUCAAAGUCAAAGCAGACCAAGAAGUCUCAACUUCCGAAAUCCACGAAGUUGUCGUCAAGGAGCUAGGACCAGGCUCUGCGCUUCAAGAAACUCUCCUACUCCACGACAUGCAGCUGGACGAUUUCCCCAAAACUACUUCUGGAAAAGUCCAGAAGAAUGUUCUGAGUGAACAAGUACAGAAACAUCUGGAAGCACAAAGUGGAAAUACCAGUGGUGGGGAUGAAGGCUACGCGACCGAUACUACUGCGGAUCAAGUGACUGAGGUCUGGAGAAAGCUGUUGAAAGUGGAUGAUCUUACAGCGGAAGAUGAGAUUCAAAAUUGGGCCGACAGUUUGGUCAUCGCUCGCUUUCCAGGAGUGUUGAAACGAGAAACGGGCCAUUCGAUCACGACACAGGAACUAUCGAAUCAUGGAACCGCAGCUGCCCAAGCAAAGCUCCUCGACAGCCGUAAAGGGGAUCAGCCAUCUCAGGGGGCUAGUUUCAAUUUUCCCAGUCAUGACGGGCCACCCACAGUCAACGAUAUGGUGCACGCACAAGGCAACGACGACAAAUACCACAAGACUCGCGCAAUCUGUGAAGAUUUACUAAAGAAGUUCCAUCUCGACUGGAAUGACGUUCAAGAUAUCCUCCCUCUAUACAGUCUCUCAGCCGAAUUCAUGAAAAACCCCAGACCACAGAGCAACAACCACCGACACGCCUACCUAUGCAAAAGCAAAAAUGUACAAGAAACUCGUCUUGCACUCGAGCAUGCUCUAUCUCACCACGACAUGCUCCGCACCCUAGCGAUACAUUACGAUGCCUCGACCCCUUUACACGUCGUCCUGCGUCCCAGCUCAACCUGGUUUCAACAUUGCAUUACAAUCCUCGACGAACCCAUCGAUACCGCCGUCGAUUUGAAGCGACUCUUGUGGAAUGAUCCUCAGUACGAUUUCG